GCUAUACUUUCUAAUACGGUGCGUUUGAUGUCUUUCUCAAUUCCUAGUUAGCCAAUCCCAAUCGCGCUUUCUCUAGGCGUUUUUAUAGCCGUUGGGGUUGAGCUUUGUUUUUCCAAAGUGACCGUUGAUGAUCAGCGGUAGUGAUGCUAAAACUUCCCGCCAUUUCUCGAUAUCUCAGAAUUGCACGGACUUCAUCAAUUUCGUUGCCAUCCUACAUUUCUCUAUCCGUUUUCAAAAGCCCUCACUUGAAAUCCACCCAACGCUUCUUGAGUUUGUCGAAAUUUGCCAAAUCUAGUGCUCCUUCUCCCAAAGCUUUGCUCUCUGAUCUUCUAAAGAACCGGAGAUUAGAAGAAGCUCGGGAAGCUUUCGAUAACAUCCCUUGCCCCAGUGUUUACUUGUUCACAAUGAUGAUCAUGGGUUAUGCGCGAAACCAUCGGUUGGAUGAUGCCCUGAAACUGUUCUAUGAAAUGCCCAUUAAAGAUACGGUUUGUUGGAAUUCAAUGAUAAAAGGAUGUUUGGAUUGUGGGAAUUUAAGUAAGGCUAAAGAGAUUUUUGAUGGUAUGCCCGGAAAGAACGUUAUUUCUUGGACAACAAUUAUUAAUGGGUUGAUGCUGUUUGGUGAUGUUGAAAAAGCUGAGCUUUUGUUUCAUGAGAUGCCCACAAGGGAUGUUGCCACAUGGAAUUCAAUGAUUUAUGGGUAUUGUAGUAAUGGUAGAGUGGAAGAUGCUAUCAAUCUGUUUGAGGUUAUGCCUCAUAAGAAUGUAAUUUCUUGGACUUCGAUGAUUGGUGGGCUUGAUCAGAAUGGGAAGAGUGAUGAAGCUUUGUUUCUGUUUGAGCAGAUGAUUGGUUCUGGUUUUGAGCCCACUUCUACUACAUUAGUAAGUGUAUUGACAGCUUGUGCAAAUUUGUUGGCUUUAUAUUUAGGUGUCCAGAUUCAUGGUCGGAUUUUGAAGUUAGGAUACUGCUUUGACGAGUUUUUGUCUGCUUCACUUAUAACAUUUUACGCAAACUGCAAACAAAUCAAGAAUGCAUGUAAGGUUUUUGAGGAGAUGUUGAAUAAAAAUGUGGUGGUGUGGACAGCUCUUCUGACAGGAUAUUGUUUGAAUUGUAAACAUGAAAAUGCAUUGAAGGUUUUGGGGCACAUGAUAACAGUGGGUGUCCUUCCAAACCAGUCUUCUUUCACUAGUGCUUUAAAUGCAUGUUGUGGACUAGAGGCUCUUGAUAGAGGUAGAGAAAUCCAUUCACCAGCUAUUAAGCUAGGUUUGGAAACUGAUGUCUUUGUGGGGAAUUCUCUUAUUGUCAUGUAUAGUAAAUGUGGAAGUAUAAAUGAUGCAGUUGAGGCAUUUAAGAGGACAGAUAAGAAGAAUAUAGUCUCAUGGAACUCAGUUAUUGUGGGAUGUGCACAACAUGGGUGUGGGAUGUGGGCUUUGGUCCUCUUUAACCGAAUGAUACGUGUUGGUAUCAAUCCAGAUGAAAUCACAUUCACUGGCUUGCUUUCUGCAUGUAGCCAUUCUGGGAUGUUACAGAAAGGAAGAAGUUUUUUCAAAGUUUUCAGUCAAAAUAAAUUAGUUGAGUUGAAGCUUGAACACUAUGCUUGUAUGGUUGAUAUCUUAGGCCGAUGUGGAAAGUUGGAAGAAGCUGAGGACUUAAUUAGAAACAUGCCUCUGAAACCAAAUUCAAUGAUAUGGCUUGCUUUGCUUAGCAGUUGUAGGGUGCAUCCUAAUUUAGAUGUAGCUGAAAGAGCUGCAAAAAGAAUUUUUGAUCUAGAACCACACUGUAGCGCUGCUUAUGUUUUGUUAUCUAAUAUAUAUGCUUCUGCAAGUAGAUGGACUGAUGUCUCCAAAAUACGAAGGAGGAUGAAACAUAGUGGAAUUGUAAAAGAACCAGGUUCCAGUUGGGUCGUUCUAAAAGGAUUGAGGCAUGAGUUUCUUUCUGGAGAUAGGACUCACCCACUUAGUGAGUCAAUAUAUAAGAAACUGGACUGGUUGGGGGGGAAGUUGAAGGAGUUUGGGUAUGUUCCUGAUCAACAGUCUGUUCUGCAUGAUGUGGAGGCUGAACAAAAGGAAGAGAUGCUGUCUUACCAUAGUGAGAGGCUUGCUAUUGGGUUUUGCUUAAUUAGUAGUGUAGAGGGGAGUACAAUAACAGUGAUGAAGAAUCUUCGUGUUUGUGGGGAUUGCCACUCUGCCAUCAAGAUUAUAGCAGAGAUUGUUGGGCGCGAGAUCGUUGUAAGAGAUUCAAGCCGCUUUCAUCAUUUCAAAAAAGGAAUUUGUUCUUGUGGGGAUUAUUGGUAAUUCACGUUGAGGGAAAUAAGAGGAUAUUUUUAGAGGGAUUAUAUGGUUAAAAUGACUAUAGGUAACUGAGUUUUGGUAUCUUUGCAUGAUUGGUAAAAGCAAGAAGCUUAGAGAUGUUCUAGAAUAUAGGGUUUUUCAUACGGAAACCAAGUGAGUGGCCAUGCAGUGGAUUUAAACAGCAGCUGAAAUUGAUGAGCUUUCUGGGUUAGUAUGGAGAAUUUGCUCACUUCAAGCACAGAAAAAUCAAGUACUGAGAGAGGUGAUAUGGUAAAAGGUGCACUGUGAGUUCACAGUUUUCAUUUAAACUAGCUAUCUAUUAUGAAGAAGCAGAAGUUAAAUUUUCAUAAGAAUAAAUAAAUGAAGCUUAGAACACUAGAUUGGAGAGAAGCAACAAAAUGAGACCUGAGAAUAUAUAACAUGGAAAAUUAUUCAGAAAAUAUACCUUAAAAAUUAACGUCUCUCAGGGAACUGCAUUCAAAAAUAAUUUCUUGUUUUAUCACCUCACACAAACACAAAUAUUUACGGUAUUUGAUAAUUUGAUCGGUGCUGUUGUGGGGUUGAAAUCUUGCCCGCCUUGAUUUGGAAUACGGUGUCAACAUGAGUAACGAAUUGACACUGAAAAUAUUGGCCUCUUAAAUACUCCAUGGAAAAACAGUCUGGUUAGAGGCAUGCAGAAGCAUUCCUUUCCACCAAAAAAAAUAAAAAAAUGAAAAAAUUUGAUGUAAGAGAAGAGAGUUAGUGCUCAUUGGCCUCCUUUUGACACAAAUAAUAAGAUAUUGUUUUUCCAAUAAUAGGAUAGUAGGGGGCUAUUUUGGUUCAUAUUUUUAAAGUAAUAAGCUCAUGCUGGUGGAUUACAAAAUACAAAUACAAAAAAGAAAAAGGACAUCAUACAUUCCAUUUAGACCCUCUAUGGUCUAUAAUAAUUGCAUAUUUUUCUUUACCACGAUUUUGAAAUUUCAUAAUCUAUCAAAACAAAUUCAUGACUUUUUAACGGUAAAAGGUUGGGGAAAGUUGAAUAUUAAUAUUUUAUAAUUGAAUAAUAUUGUGAAAAAAAAAUCUUGCUCUCUAAAUGUUAAAAUUACUCUUAAAAAAAAGGGAGAAAUUGAAGGUUAAUAAUGUUUUUUUUUUUCAGACAGACUUUAUUUAUUUAUUUAUUUUUGACUUUGGGACUUCUCUUCUAUCCUAAAAGAGUUAAGAAAGAAUAAUUCCCUCACACCCCUUCAUAUUUUCUUCUUUUUCUCCCAAAAAUAAAGCUUAUCAUAUAUAAUAUCAAAUCAUCAAUCAAUGAUGAUGUUUGGGGAAUUGUAUCUGACAGAAGACUUGGUGAUGGAUAUUCUGUUGACGUUGCCGGUGAUAGAUGUGGUGAGAUUGAAGAGCGUGUGCAAGUCAUUGUAUUCCUUAAUCAACAGCUCCGAUUUCAUCACCAACCACUUCCUGUGCCAUUGCUAUUCCCACAUACUGGAAUUGGAGCUCGCAUACUUUCUUACAAUAAUGAUACACUCGGAAGAGUAGGAGUAGGAGUAAGACUAAGACUUAUCCACACCCACAACGUUUACUGCUUUUGUUGUUGUGACGGUGUCCUAUUUGUUAUGCUUUUCGGAUCGAAGUUUAGCCUUGUGGAACCCUGCAACUGGAGAUAUCAAGGCUAUAUAUCUCAAUUCCCAAGUUAUGAUCAUUAUGCUUCUUCUUAUCCACCUGAUGAUCUGGCCUUAGCUGUGACUAAAUUAUGGAUGUGGAUUUGAUUCCAAAACUAAUGAGUACAGGCCCUUCUUCGUUCUCAGCGACAGGGAGUUGUUUACCAUGGAGAUUUGAGAUCUACAGCUACAAAAAGAAAAUUGGUUUGACAUCAGCAAUGAGGUGAUUCUAACCACCCUUUUUUCCUUAUGAUCUUAUUCCUACUUGUAUUUUUCCUCAUUAUGAUCUCCACUACUGUCCUUGUCCCUUGCUUCUCUAUGAAUCCCUUGUCCUUGUUGUUAAUAAAGAUGGACAUGGACAUACCGAUGAUAGAACAAGAAGUUGUUUUGAUAUAUGGGUGAAUACGGCAAUGAAUAUUCAUGGAUUAAGCUAUUUACUAUUGGACCCCUUCACGGCAUUCAACAUGUCUUGGAUUUUGGAAUGAAACCAAGAUAUUUCUAGUGAUUGGACAGCUGUUGAUUGUCAGCUGAUUCUGUAUGAUACUUUUACCCAACAAGCAUUCAAUUUUUUUAAAACCAUUCCAUGCAUAUCAAGGAUAACAUUUCACCAACCAAUUUUAUUUCCAAUUGUCGAUGGAUCAAAGAAAACAAAUAUCAAAAAAGGGAUUCGAGUUCGAGUUUUUCCAAUUGAGAUUAUUAAGAGGAACCAAAAGAAAAAUAUGAAGACCAUAAAUGAUGACAAUGGCAAACACUUGGGGUUUUUUUGGGCUAGUGACACAUAAAAAUGUGUAGCAGAGUCUAAAGUCAAUUAUGUGACACCCUGUCCGUAACUCCCUCCCUUACUGCCUUACCCAAUCUCUCUGUCAUUGACAAGCUUUACCUCUUUAGUCUUUCCCUGUAUUUCAUCAAGUUACUAUUAUUAAGAGUGUGGUCAUUUAUUUAUUCAUGUCAUUCUUAGUUUGACACAUUAAAAUCUCAUCGUUUCGAAUUAAUCUCAUCGUUUUGAAUUAACCAUAUCAUUCUGACAACUGAGCUCAUUUUUCAUUUUGUAUUUGGAUCAAAGAAAACAAAAAUCAACAAACAAGUUUUGAGUUUUUCCAAUUGAGAUUAUAAGAACCCAAAAGAAAAGGUUGAAGACUUAAGAGAAAUGAUGGCAAUGGCAACUACUUUGUUGCGCUGAAUGGCUUUCCCUGGUACUCCCACAACCCCUACCUGGCCCCUCAGGUAACACUCAAUUCUUUGCCAACAAGUAUACAUGACAAAACAACAUGUCCUAAAAGGAUUGGGGCAUGAAUUUAUAUUUGGAAACAGAUCUCACCCACUUUGCACUACAACG